AUGGGACUGACGGGAAAACACGGGGAUCCCUAUUCCUGGAGGAGUGAGUCAACCGGGAGCGAGGAGGGGAGCGCGGGGCGGACAGGAGGGAAGCGGGAGAGGGGCAGCGAGCAGCGCCGGAGCGCGGAGGGAAGCCAGAGGUCGGGACGGAGCGCGCCGGAGCGCAGAGGUCCAAGGCGGGAACGCGAGCGGCGGAAAGAAAAGAGAAGCCGAGCACGCGGCGCGAGCGGUCUGCUGCGGCGGCGUGGGGCGCGCGGCCCGGGAGGGCGCCGGCGGGUGCGGCGGGUGCGGCGGGCGCGGGCGCCUCUCACCUGGCGGGACGCGGCGGCGGCGCCGGAGCUGCGGCCCUCCCGCCCCCUGGCCUCGAGUGUGCGAGGAGGACGCUGGAAUGCGCGGAAUGAGGGCUGGAAUGAGAUGCGCGCCGCGGCGGGAGGGAGGGAGCCGGAGGGAGUGGCGGCCGGGCCACCGGCACCUCGGGGAGGAGACUGCGCCGCGCGCGGGCGGGCGAGGGGCCGGGCCGCCGGGGCGGGGCGGGGCCGGGCCGGGGCGGGCGGCGGGGGAGGGGGCCGAGGGACCGCGGGGACCCCUCCACCCGGGCCUCGGCUGCGGCCCCCACGCCCACUCGCCUUUCGAUCUCUCCGCUCCGACUCUUUGCCUGCUCGUGGCGCGCCCCGCGCCCUCCCCUCCUGGCGGGGUCCCGACUCCCUUUCCCAGGAGCCGAGAGCCUUCCUCUUCGCCGGGGUGGGGCUGUCCCGGGGGCAGGGGUGUGGACGGGGCCCAGACUCCCGCCCCGCCACCCGGCGUCCCUCCGCACGAGUCCCUGGGAGGCCGGGGAAGGGGCGGGCGCCCGGCGCGCAGGAAGGGCUGCUCCCUUCCCUGCGGCUCCCACCAAAGGACACUUGCUCCGGGGAACCAGGAAGCAGGAACUCGCGGGCUCCAUUCCCAGAUCCGCUGCCACUGCCCCCUCGCUUGCCCUCCCCGGCUUUAGCUCUUUCCGUUUUUCUCUCCUUCCCCUUGGGCAUCUGUAAAACCGCCACUACGAGUAAACCGCAUGGGAGAAAGGGCACUCGGUGUGAAGUCCCUGUGGCAUGCCAUGAGACGCCUUGUGGGCUCAGUGACUCAAUGAAUAUUCAUCUAAUAUGCAUGAUGAGUCCAGAUACUGUGAAGAUCAGGAUCAGCCCUCAGCACCUGCCCUCAAAGAGCUCAGAGUUUAGCUGGGGAGGCCUCGGUGUAUACUGCCAUCGAACCAGCCUGGUGCCUGGGAUGGGGAAGUACGUGAUAAAUGCUGCAUACAUGAACAACAAUUGCUACCGUGGAAGAUAUUGAAAGUCCUAUCGAUGACAGAGUUGUUUCCAAGAGAGGUAUUCCAAAAGUGUUUCAAGCAAUGACGGCAUCACUGAGCUAAGCAUCCAGUCCUGCAAGGUGAAGGCGUUGAAGACGCAGCCGUCAUUUGAAUAGAUGAAUUGUGGUAUUCUUGUUAAAUAAUGAAUCAUAUCAAGGCCUGGUCCCACCUCAUGCACAUGAAAAGACCAAAACACAAGGCAGCAUAUCAGCACCACCUGAAGUACACACUAAGCACCAACUAUUUAAUUCAGCAAUCAUGGGGGGCGCGGUGGCUCACGCCUGUCAUCUUAGCAAUAUGGGAGGCCGAGGCAGGUGGAUUGCUUGAGCCCAGGAGUUCAAGACCAUCCUGGGCAUCAUGGUGGCCUGCACCUGUAGUCCCAGCUACUCAGGAGGCUGAGGUGGGAGGAUAGUUUGAGCCCAGAAAGUUGAGGCUGCAGUGAGCCGUGAAUGCACCACUGCACGCCAGCCUGGAUGACAGAUCGAGACCCUGUCUCAAAGUAAUUAAUAAUAAUUAUAUUAAUUCAGCAAUCAUUUGAGUGUUUGUUGACUUUGACACUGCACUAAGGGAAGGGGUAGGUCCCUUUCCUCAAGUAGUUCCAGUCUAGGUGAGAAGACAGACAAUUAUGCAACGCUCAAUGGGAACCCAAGGGAAGGAACAGUGAAAUCCAAUUACAGUGCAUUUGAUCUAGCUCUUGAGAAUAAAUGAGGGUUUGCCAAACUGAGACUGGAAACCCCAUUUAAGACACGUGGAACAGCACCUACAAAGGUGAGGCAGCCUGUCUGCUGGUGUGUUUAGCGAAGGUUUGUAAAUUGGUGUGGCUGGAGAAUAGAGUUGUGGAUAAUAAGAUUUAAGGAAGUGGAUACCAGACUUUGAAGGUCAUUGCGUGCCAUGCUGAAGAUUCGGGCAUCAAAAAAGACACAAGUGCGACAUAAGCAGCAGUGACCGAGUUGGACUGGAGACUCGGGGUGCUUAAAACUCAAGCAGUGGUCCUGAGGUUGAGGAGGAGGGGAAGGAGCUAGGAAACGGUUCAGAUCAUUUGGCUGUGUAGUGAGAGAGAAAACAAAAAUCGCUAACCUUUAACAGCUGAACAAUGGUUGGUGUCAGUAAGUGAGAUAAGAAUUCAGGGCUGGGCGAGGUGGCUCAUGCGUGUAAUCCCAGCACUUUGGGAGGCUGAGGUGGAUGGAUCACAAGGUCAGGAGUUCGAGACCAGCCUGACCAACAUGAAGAAACCCCGUCUCUACUAAAAAUACAAUAUUAGCUGGGCAUGGUGGCGCAUGCCUGUAAUCCCAGCUACUCGGUAGGCUGAGGCAGGAGAAUCACUUGAACCCCGGAGGUGGAGGUUGCAGUGAACUGAGAUCACGACAUUGCACUGCAGCCUGGGCAAAAAGAAUGAAACUCCGUCUCAAAAAAAAAAAAAAAAGGAAUUCAAGCAAAAGGGGAGUGGGGUGAGGUCAGAGGGGAAUCCAGCCAGGUUCAGGGGAUGGAGAGGAAGGCAGGACAGAGUCCAGAGUGGAAACAGGAAAGCAAUCCUAGUGUCAUGUUCAGCGUAGACUGCUGAGAACGAACUUGGAGAUCUUUAUUCCCUCCAAGUCUUAACUAUCCAAGACCAUCAGUGAUCCAAGCUGGGAAGGUGUAUCUUCAGGAUCUUGACUUUCUGGCCCAUACCCUUACAGUCUCCUGGAGAACUCUGGAGCUUUGGGGACCUCAGGCUUGGAGCUGUUGAGGAACGUCUGGGUAAAGGAAAGUUAACAGAUCUACAAAUUCUGAAGAGUUAAAGGCAAGGUGAUUUUACCCACACAUCAGCCCUUCGCAGGGAUGUUUACAUUUGUUAAGGGACAGGACCCUAAUUCACCGACCCUCAGGAAUGAGUCUUUUGGUGGAAAUAUUUCAGCUGUCUGGAUCCUACAAAUGGAUCCUCACUCAAGCUUGAUGAUGGACCAUGCAGGAGGAGUAGAGUAAGGGUGUGGGCAGGGCCGGGUGGUUUCAUGUAGGGGUAUUUGUGUUGGCUAUAUUCCAAAGUCGAAGUUAAAAAUCACAUUAAUUGGGCACAGUGGCUCACAUCAAUAAUCUCAGUACUUUGGGAGGCCGAGGUUGGAGGAUCUCUUGAGCCCAGGAGUUUGAGACCAGCCUAAGCAAUAUAAUGAGACCUUACCUCU